GUCCAGUACUACUAGUCCGCAGCCGUACCCUUAUCCUGGGGCGUCGACUGAAUUGGUCCUAGCUUGAGAAGCCAUUGAAUCGGAACGCACAGCCCUCGAGCCUCCAGCGCCUCCAGCGCCCCCCCCAGCACUCCACGCACCCAACGCACGCGCCACCCCCUCCUCGCCCCAGGCCACGCCUUCAAAACCACACCGCCGCUCCCAUCAUGGCCUACCUCGGUCGUCCCUCAGAGGGUGAAUCUCCAUUUGCCAUCGCCGACCGAGCCAUGCGCGACACUUCAUCUCCACAGCCUCCUCAACAGAGAAACCCAACUCCUCGUCAGGCCUACCGUCCGCAAGCAGGCUCCAUGGCCGCACCCAGUCCCUAUGGCAGCGUCAGCGACGAGGCUCGCCGCCGCUACGAAGAGCGUUACGCAAGGAAGGCCGCUGAGGAUCAGGCAAAGCGUGAAGCCGAGGCGCGCGCUGCUCAACAGCCGCCCCCGCCUCCGCAGCAACAGCAUCAGCAGCAGCAGCACGGCGGCUACGUUCCCCCUGCCCCCCCUCUUGGUCAGCCCCAGCAGGCGUACGGCCAGCCUCCCCCUCACCAUCAACCGCAGUUCGCCCGCCCUCCCCCCCGCGGCGACUCAUACCAGCAGGCUCCUCCACAGGCUCCGUAUGCGCAGCCCCCGCCUAGAACGUCCUCGGCACAAGGCAGCAACCGACCCGUCAGUCACUCCCCCGCCUCCCCAGCCCAGGCCUAUGCCCAGCAGUACCAGGCGCAGCACCACCCCGCCUCGCCCCAUCAGCAGCAGUACUCUCAGCAGCAUGGCUACGGUCCGCCGCAGCAGCCCCCUCCCCCUCCUCAGCAGCAGCAGGGUUAUGGGCAGCCGCAGCAGCAGUACCAGCAAGGACCCCCGCGCCACCAGGGUGUUCAGCUGACCGACGGGCCCCCUCGCCAGCAGCAGCAGCAGCCGCCGCCGCCGCCUCAGCAGCAGCAGCAGCAGCAGCAGCAACAGUACCAGGACCCACGGCAGCAGGACCUCCGGCAACAGAACCGCCAGUCCACGAGUUCACAGAACCGCGAGAGCUACCGCCGCGAGAGCUACCAGGCACCUCCUCCCCAGGCUGGUGUUGAUGAGCUGCGCGACCUCUUCGCGCAGUUCGACUCGGGCCGCCAGGGCCAGCUCAGCUACCUUGACCUUCAGCGUCUCCUCGCCAAGGAUGGCACGGUCGAGGCGCGUGAGGACUGCGUCAAGAUGCUUAUGAACAUCUUCGACACCGACCGCAGUGGGUCAAUCAACUUCAUGGAGUUUGAGGGCCUAUACCGUUACAUCCAGGAUUGGCACGGCAUCUUCAAGCGCUUCGAUCAAGACAACUCAGGCCUGAUUGAUCGCCGCGAGCUGCAGGCCGCAUUGCAAGGCUUCGGCUUCUCGCUUCCUGCCGACAUGGUGGCCAAACUGGAGAAGCGCUUCUCUCCGCCGAUGAAGCCAGGAGAGAGGCAGUCGGCUGGCAUUACGUUUGACCGCUUCCUGAUGGCGUGUGUGACGGUCAAGCACUACACCGAGGCGUUCCGCCGCCUCGACCCCAACAACGUCGGCCAAGCGACUAUGGACUACAUCUCGUUUGUGAGUUGCGCCGACGCGACGUGCGUAAGAGGCGGCCCGGCACUGACCGCAGAUGGACAUCGUCAUGGACGCCCCAUCUUGAGCAUGCAAUAUCAAUACGAAAACGCCGUCUCGAUUCCAGUGGACGAUACCCUGUCAUUAUUCCCCUCGCCUCAAGCACCCAUACCUCGCGCACCGGCAGUUUUGGCUGUGGAGCCAAGCCAUGCAACGAUUCCCCAUGUCAAGUGAUCGUCGCGCUUUGAGCUCGCAUCGCGAUUGUUACGUUAUUGUGCUACUUCUGGGCGAAUACACCGCAGGAGCCCUCGUAUCAAUGGCGCCAGUCCGGUCAUUUGAUCCCCCUUGCCCACCUUUCCAUGUUCAUUAUACGUUCACGCAGAUACUGACAAUACC